GCACGAGUCAGAGAAGGCGAGGCACGAAAAUUAACCAUACUCUAGCGCUCGAUCACUUUGUUAUCUUCAAAUAUAGGUACUAUUGUUUUUUUUUUGUGAAGUGUCAUCCACCUCCUUCUCUGUUUCGACUUUAUUUAUAUAAGUAACGCAGUGAUUUGAAUCGGGUCCAUUUUGUUGAAGACUUAGUAGGCGAAUACAUAAAUCGAGAGUGUGGAUGGCUAACACUCUUGUCGCCUUUACUAGUGCUAAGAACCUCUAGGAGGCGUCUUACGAGAAUCUGGGCUAGUGCGUUACUGUUUUAUUUAUAAUUUGCUGAUAUCACGGCAGAUGUAAAUACUCGUAUUUGAUGAUACACUUGACACUUAUUGAGUAUAAUAUGUUUUAUGAUUACCAAGUUAGUCAAAGUAUGGAAUACCAAAAUACGAUUCAAGUUUAUGACGAAGAAAAAGAAAAUGUUUAUUCGAUAAUAAAUAAAAUAAUAAAUGAUGGUGAACAAAAAGAAGGCUUUUUCUUGUGUAAUGUUAAUGAACUUAUUUUGAAAUACAGAGAAUGGAAACGUCUAUUUCCUAAUGUGGAUCCUUUUUACGCUGUAAAAUGCAACGAUAGUCGAAUAGUAUUAGAAAUAAUUGCAGCUCUUGGCCUAGGAUUUUCCUGUGUUUCGAAAGAAGAAAUACGAAGGAUUAUUUCGCUGAAUGUUCCUGCAAAUAAAAUAAUAUUUGCUAAUCCUACGAAAAAAAUCAGCCACAUCGUAUAUGCUGCUACAGAAGGAGUAGAUUUACUUACAUUUGAUAAUGAGCAUGAAUUAUAUAAAAUAAGUGAUUGCCAUCCGUCUUCGAAAUUGAUUAUGAGAGUGUGUACUAAAGAGCCGAACAACAAUGGUGUCAUUAGAAAAUUUGGUGCUUUACCUGGUCAAGAAGUCCAUCAUUUACUUACAGUAGCUAAAUCUCUAAAUUUAAAUGUAGUUGGAGUUGUAUUUCACGUAGAGAACCCACAAAAUAUUGAAGAAUAUACUCGAGCAAUAGAAAUAACUAAAAUGGUUUUUAACACCGGUCAAGAGCUCGGAUAUAACUUUAAUAUAGUUGAUAUAGGGGGAGGAUUUUCAGGAGCUCAUGAAGGUGACAUUACAAAUGUAGCUGAAAUUAUUAGAAGUUCUUUAAGUUAUUACUUUCAAGGGAACGAAGUAAAAUUCGUAGCAGAACCUGGUAGAUACUUUGUUGAAACAGCGUUUAAACUGGUAUCUUACAUCCAUUCUAAAAGAACAAUGUCGGACGGUAUUAGAAUGUAUCAUUUAGAUAUAGGCGUUUAUAGCGGCUUAGCUCCAAUCAUUUUUAAGAGAUUUUUCACCUGUAAGCCAUUGCAAAAGGAAAUGUCUGAACCUCUAUAUCCAAGCAUACUGUGGGGUCCAACUUGUGACAGUACCGACAAAAUAUCGGAAGACAUAGAUUAUUUACCUUUAAUGGAUAUUGGAGAAUGGUUUAUUUUCGAAAACACUGGAGCAUAUACAUUACCUAUAACUUAUGAAUUUAACGGCUUUACGUUACCGGCUAUCCAUUCUGUUAUAUCUAAAAGUAACUGGUUAUACAUUCUGGAAAACGCAUCAGUGCCAGUUAAGAAGUCAAAAUUUAUUUUUGGAAAUUCUAUGGAAAUUUAUAUGUCGGGUCUCAACAACCCAUAUAUUUUCAACCGAUUGUAUUAUUGAAAUAAAAUAAAUUGAAUAACGUAUUUUGUCAGUGG